AUGGACUCUCAAACCGAGUCGCAGUCACUGCCGUCAAACGAUAUGGCUGCAUUCAAGGACGUGUUGAGCUCGUCGAAACAUAUAAUCGCCGUUGCUGGCGCUGGACUCUCUUCUGCUUCUGGUAUACCAACAUUCAGAGGGGCCGGUGGAUUGUGGCGUAAGUACGACGCGGUAUCACUUGCCACUACCGCUGCUUUCCGCGACAGCCCCUCGCGUGUAUGGCAGUUCUACCACUAUCGUCGCGAGAUAGUGUUCAAAGCACAGCCCAACGCCGCACACGACGCACUUGCGCACUUCUCUUUCCCUGGUGUCCGUGAUGCGAUCGCGCCCGGAUCCACCUUCACGCUCAUCACGCAGAACGUCGAUGGCCUUAGCAGGCGCUCACUCGCUCGCGCCGCCGAGGUAUUACACCAACCUGUCCCCGCUCCUCCCGACGCGCCGCAGCCCGCGAUCCUCGAGAUGCAUGGCCGGCUCUCUGAUGUCUCAUGCACCGCUUAUGGCUGCGGGAAUCGCUGGCCCAACACCGAUUCCCCCGUGUGCCCCGCGCUCGGUGGCACGGAGGCACUUCUCGAGGCGGGUGUGCGCGAGCCUGACAUUCCGCUUGAGGACCUGCCGCGCUGCCCCAAGUGCGGAGGGCUUGCGCGCCCGGCCGUUGUAUGGUUCGGAGAGAUACCGUUCCACAUAGACGAGAUAUUCGAACUAGUGGAUAAGGCUGACCUGUGCCUAGUCGUCGGCACGUCAUCGAUGGUGCAUCCGGCUGCCAAACUGGCAACGAAGGUGAGGGAACACGGAGGGAAGGUCGCGGUGUUCAACGUCGACCGCAGCAAGAGGGAUGAUCAGGCAGACUUCCUGUUCUUGGGUCCCUGUGAAGAAACCCUCCCGGAGGCCCUUGGCAUCAACACUCAGACUGGUGGAGGGAUAUAA